GUUUUGAUUGGUGUAUGCGAGCGGACAUCCUGUAUCAGAAAGAGGCUUGAAACGCGAAUAAAAGUAUUUUCCUUCAUAAAAACCCUCUAUGGAAAGCGUAGCUGAUUCUGUCUUUACAUUCCAGGGACUGGCUGUCCUGCACAGUUUGGGUUCUGGUCGGUGUCAGGACAGCGGUUUUUAGGAGCAGGAGUCGGAUAUAAGAGUCUGUUGUCCCUGUAGAACUUUGGAAAGGAAAAAAAAAUCUAAGUCUGAUCUAGAAAACAUAUCCUUGUGGAAGUGCCUCAUGCCUCGAACAAAAGAGAUUCCCGAGGACCUCCGACAAACUGUUAUUGAAGCUCACCAGGCCGGAAAAGGCUAUAAAACUAUUUCCAAAGAGUUUAAACUCCAUAAAUCCACCGUCCGGCAUAUCGUGCACAAAUGGAGGCAAUUCAACACCAUCGUCACCCUUCCCAGGAGCGGCCGCCCGGCAAAGAUCACACCAAAAGCAAAGCUAUUAAUACUCCAGGAAAUCUCAAAGGACCCGGGGCUAACGUCUAAGGAACUAAAGGCCUCUCUUGAAUCGGCCAAUGUCAGCGUUCAUGAUUCCACCAUCAGGAGAACACUGACCAACAUUCGCAUGCAUGGAAACGUUGAACUACAACCCGAGAAGAACACCGCUGCCCCUCUGCGGUUUGCCGAAGACAAGGUGGAUACGUCAUGGCUGUCGGAAGAAUGUUCUGUGGACGGAUGAGACCAAAAGGAAACAAUUCAAAUUCCUCCAAGCUGAAGAACAGAACUGAUCAGCAAUUACCGGAAGUGUUUAGUUGCAUAAUUGCUGCCCAAUAGAGGGCUAUGUGUAUAUACAGCCUUGUGGGGGGUUUUUUUCAAGAUGUUAUUCAGGUUGUACAUAAGGGUCUUUUCUCACUCUGUAACCUAAAGAUAUUGACGGUAUCAAUAGAACUGUAAUAAUGAUGAUUGUUAGAUUUAUGAUUAUCUUAGGUCAAAGUUGUCUAUCGAAACAUUAAAUCACUUGCAGUUACUAAACAUGUAGGGUUUAUCCCACUUGUAACAGC